UCAUUCUUGGCAUGCGGCAUAACUCUCUUUACAAAAAGAUAAAUCUUUUUUUGACGUACCUCUUGGAUUGAGGUAGUAAACAAAAUGGCUGCCUUCGUUGGUCGCGCAACUAAACAAGGGCUACUCAGAGCUAAGCCAACUCUUUUGAAUCAGCAGGCAACUUUCAUUAGCUUCAGCAGCAAGACUAAAAAGAGGGUGGCAUGGAUAUUUGGAUCACUAGCUUUAGGUGGAGGUGCUGUGGUAGCCACAGCCUUGGCCCAGCCCGCAUUCGCUAGUGACCUUGUGCUUCACCCUCCCCACUAUCCGUGGAAUCAUAAGGGGCUUCUGCAGGCUCUCGAUCAUGGGAGCAUACGUCGAGGUUAUCAAGUGUAUAAACAAGUCUGUGCUGCUUGCCACAGUAUGCAAUAUCUCUGUUAUAGAAAUCUUGUUAAUGUGAUUAUGACUGAAGAAGAAGCUAAAGCAGAGGCUGAAGAGGCUACUAUUGAAGAUGGCCCCAAUGAAAAUGGAGACAUGUAUGAAAGACCAGGAAAGCUAUCAGAUCAUUUCCCAAGUCCAUACAAAAAUGAAGAGCAGGCUAGGGCAGCAAACAAUGGCGCCUAUCCUCCCGACUUGACCUACAUUGUGCCAGCUAGACACGGACAAGAGGACUACAUAUUUUCACUAUUGACUGGCUAUGCUGAGCCUCCUGCUGGUGUUAAACUGAUGGAAGGACAGCAUUAUAACCCUUACUUCCCAGGAGGAGCUAUUGGCAUGGCCGAGGCACUUUACAAUGAAAUCAUUGAGUAUGAUGAUGGCACUCCAGCCACUCAGAGUCAACUUGCCAAAGAUGUGGUGACCUUCCUUAGAUGGGCUGCCGAGCCUGAACAUGAUACAAGAAAGCUUUAUGGAUUGAGGGCCAUGAUCAUCUGCUCAUUCCUCUUGGGUGUCACCUACUACAUGAAGCGCCACAAGUGGUCGGUACUGAAAACUAGAAAACUGGCAUUCAAGCCACCAACCUACAAAAAGUGAUCAUAGUCAAACUUAGGAAGGGAUCAAAAGUAUAGUUUGAAAGGGAGUGGGUGGGUGGGGUAGACCUGACAAGACAGACAAUGCAUAGUAACUGUUCCAAUUACUCUCCCUGUUAUUUUUAAAUACAUUUUAACAAAUGCAAAUAUUUUAUGGAAGUAUUUUUAGUUGGUCUUUAAAUGUAUGAAAAUAAGUUGCUCUUACAAAAAAAAAACACACAUCAAUAUUGGCAAUUAUUUUAAACCAUAUACCUGAUAGGAGACAUGCUGUUUAAAGGUUGAAUGAUAGUAUCCAUAUGUUCUAGACUGUAAUUAUGAAAUGGAACUGAUAACUUAUUGAUAAUUUGUUACAGCAGUUGGAUGUUCUGACUGAGUUUGUAAGAUAUUUAUCUGGUUUGUAAUUAUAUUGUAUUUGAGCAUUGUUUAUAGACGCCUCAGUCAAUCAUGCACUACUGUUGGAGCUCUAUAAAAUGGUGGACUUUGUUUAUGAAGAGUAUCAAGUUUACUUUUGGUCAGCCAAAGCAAAAUAUGUUGAUUUUUUUUCUGAGUAGAUUAUAAUCUUCUGGACAAGAGCUCCACUGCUGUUUACAUGUGUUGCUCUUUCUGAGCUAGACAUUAUUUUGUAUUAAAAACAAAUGUGGUUAUUGACAUAAA